CUGGUCCCCUGUGGGAAUCGAACCCACAACCCUGGCACUGCAAGCACCAUGCUCUAUCAACUGAGCGGAAUACAGAGUACACGCCAGAUGUAGUGGGGUAUACACAUACCAAAUUAUUAUAUGCCGUAUUAGUACAUGGCUGGAUUGAUACACAGUGACCUCUAGUGGUGAUGUUAUAUAUUGCAGCUACCUCAGGAAAUGUAUAUAUUACUCAGUGUCAUCACUGUCUUUUCAUCUGUCCUUUCACUAGACAUGAAAUGGUAUUGAACUGAAAUGGGGGAGUUGUAUUAGUUGAGCAAGAUCAAUCAUACUUACGCCCACUUUUAAUAUAGACAAAGUUACUUAUCUUACUGAAGAAUUAAACUUUUUAUUAAACUAUUAUUUCCAUGUACUGUAACUUGUCUGCUAAUGGCCACGCUGUGUAGUUUAACAUAUCCUGGUUGUCAUAUCAGAUAAUAAGGUAGUGAUUAGUAUCACAAGUAUUUGAUAGAAGAGAAAGGGAGAGGAUAAUAUGAUACCUUGGAUCCACUAUCUCAGUUUCCACAGCAACCGGUAUUAAAUAACAUGCACUCUGUGGCGGACUUUGAACUGGCAGGCAGAUGGGUGUGGAGACAGGUGAGGUAAGCCAGUUGCAUUCCAGGAAGAGAGAUCUCUGACUACAGACAUGGUAAGAAAAAACAAUUGAAUUGUUUUGUGUUUCCUAAUUUCUGUACAUGUUUAGGCCAAUUCAUGGUGUAUUGUGUUUUUCCUCAGGCUAAAUUCCUGUCAGGAACUCAGAUCAACGAGUUCAAGGAAUGUUUCUCCUUGUACGACAAGAAGCGCAAGGGGAAGAUUGAAGCCAAGGACCUGAUCACAGUUAUGCGCUGUCUGGGGACGAGUCCCACCUUCGGUGAGAUCGACCGACACCUGCAGAUCCACAAGAUAGAUAAGAAGGGCGAGCUAGACUUCUCCACCUUCCUGACCAUGAUGCACCGGCAGAUCCAGCAGGAGGACCCCAAGGCGGAGAUCCUGGAGGCCAUGAGGAUGACGGACAAGCAGAAGAAGGGCUACGUCCUGGCCUCGGAGCUCCGGGCCAAGCUCACCAAGCUAGGAGAGAAGCUCACUGAUAAAGAAGUGGACGAGCUGUUCAGAGAAGCCAACGUGAAGUCUAAUGGCAAGGUGCACUAUGAGGAGUUCACCAGGAUGGUGACACUACCGUCAGUGGAUUACUGAGGGACAGGACAGGAG